AUGGAGGAGACUAGGCAGGAAUAUCUUAAAGACGAAGAGAGACGCAAUAAAGACAAAGAGAAACCGGCGGUACCACCAACUCCCACCAUUCCGAAGUUAAAACAGAAAGUCAAGUUCCUUAAAUUGCAGGAAAUAACACGUCCGAUACCAAAAGAUAUAAAAGAAAAGCUAAUGCUGCAGGCAGUGGAAAGGAUCUUGGGAGCGGAGAAAGAAGCGGCUAUAGGGGGUGCAUCGCAAAUCCGGGCUAAACUCAUAACAAUAUUCGCAUCAAGUUACACGCCAGAGAUACGGGAAUUGAUACUAAAUUACAUACUAGACGAUCCUGUUAAUAGAAUUGAUUUAGCUCUUUCGUGGCUAUACGAAGAGUAUGCUUUGAUGCAAGGUUUUAAUCGUCACCCUGUCACCCUACAGCCAAAAAUGCAUGAAAAACACGACCAGAACUAUAACCAAUUACUUUGUGCUCUGAUUACUCAAAUAGCAGAGAGAGGGGAUCCUAUUAUGGAAGCAAGCAAAGACUUGCUACUGAGAAAGGUGUAUUCUGAGUGUCCAGUGGUUACUGAAGAGGCAGUGGAUUAUCUGAAGCAUUUGGUCACUGAAGAUAAAGUGGCGAUGUUGGCACUGGAACUGCUUUUGAAGAUAAGCGAGAGCGAAGAAAUCCGCGAGUUUGCGUUGAAGGCCUCCGUGAAGAUAUACAAGCGGGGCACGGAGUCCGUCCGCCGAGUGAUCGAGAAGCAAGCGUUGUUGUACCUCGGUUUUAUGUCUCUGCCGAUCCCCCCGACCGAGGUGAUGCCACGGCACACCCGCGUGUGGAACGAUGACGCUUACAAACUUUGUCUGAAUCUAACUAUGGCGCUGUUCCCAGAGAAUGAAGAGCUGAUAGUGGAAGUGGGUCGCGUGUACGGCGCGGCGGGCGCGGAGGCCAAGCGCGUCGUGCUGCGCGCCAUCGAGGGGCCGCUGCGGGCGGCGCAGUGGCCGCAGGGGACCCAGGGGCCGCAGGGGACCCAGGGGACCCAGCCCGGGGGCCUGCACCCCGCCUGCCGCGCGCUGCUGCAGCACUGCCCGCGCGGCGCCGAGACCCUGCUCACGCGCCUCGUGCACAUACUCACGGAGAAAGCGCCGCCGUCCCCGGAGCUGGUGUCGCGCGUGCGCGAGCUGUACGCCACGCGCGUGUCCGACGUCAGGUUCCUCAUUGCGGUCCUCACGGGACUCACCAAGAAGGAGAUACUGGCGGCUCUGCCGAAACUGAUAAAGCUCAACCCAGUGGUCGUCAAGGAAGUGUUCAACAAGUUGCUCGGCUUGCAGAAUAUGCACGAAGAACGAUCACCAGUCUCACCGACGGAUUUGCUGGUCGCGUUGCACCUCAUCGACCCUGGCACUGCGGACCUCAAGUACAUCAUCAAGGCUACUGCAAUGUGCUUCGCUGAAAAACAAACUUAUACGCAGGACGUACUGUCAGCAGUCUUGCAGCGGCUGUGCGAAGAGCCCGAGAUCCCGGUGCUGAUGAUGCGGACGGUACUGCAAGCUCUUACACUCUAUCCCAGCAUGGCACCACUCGUUUUGAAUAUACUGCAGUUGCUUAUUGAGAAAGAGGUGUGGCAGAACAAGGUGGCGUGGGAGGCUGGGUGA